AUUUUUAUAAUCAACUAAAUCAACAGUUAUUAAUAAUCAUCAAUGACUAAUGUAUGCUUUUAGUCGAAAAUUACUAAAUUUUGUAUCUUUAGUACAAAUUAGCAAUUUAUCAAAGUGUAGUUAUCGAACAAGUAGUUAUAAUUUUACUAGAACUUCAGGGUCUAGAUUUAAAAUGUCUGAGGUGGAAAAAUCCUCAGUCGCUUCACCUGGUGGUGAUACAAUUUUUGGUAAAAUUCUUAGGAAGGAAAUACCAUGCAACUUCAUAUACGAAGACGAUCGAUGUGUUGCAUUUCAUGACAUUAAUGCUCAAGCACCUGUACAUUUUUUGGUGAUACCGAGGAAACCAAUUGAAAUGUUAUCUGUCGCUGACAACUCAGAUGAAACGUUGCUUGGACACUUAAUGUUGGUUGCCAGCAAAUUAGCAAAAGAACAAGGAUUGGAUGACGGUUUUCGUUUAGUAGUUAAUAAUGGAAAAAAUGGUGCUCAAUCGGUUUAUCAUUUACAUUUGCAUGUUCUUGGUGGUCGCCAACUAGGAUGGCCACCUGGAUAAUUAUUUUUAUUACUCAAUUUAAUGUUUUUUUAAUUAUCAAUAUAUAUGUGCAAAUUGUUUGAUUUGAUAAAAUAUCAUUUACAAUUAUUGCAAUUGAAUUAGGACAAUUAUAAUUAUUUUG